AUGGAGUUGAUCAUAUCUAUUUUGAAGAAUAAGUCAUUGAGCAUCGACCAUUAUCGAUAUGCUGCCACUGUUCAACAAGUGAACCAUUACGAUACCAGUGAUUUGUUAUGUAAGAGUAAUAGACCAAGAAGAGGCAGACGUAGAAGAAAAGGUGUUAUCGAUCCUAGCGGUAACGAUUACUCCAAAGCUUUAAAAACUUUAGUCAAGUGUUUUCAGAACAAAAACUCCGAUAUUCCUAUUGUUCUAAACCAUUGCUUACCCAUAAUUAAACUUAGAAUCCAACAAAAAUUGAAUUUUAGGAAAACUAUCAAUCAUUUACUUGCAUGUCUCAAAAUGAUCUAUCAUAAUCCUUCGAAUAUUGAAGAUUUAGAGUCAAUGUACUAUCAAUUCAUUUUCCAAUUGAAUUCUAUCGAUGGAGAAUUCAGUAGAACCUUUCAGAGUUCAAUCAUAGUUGAGCUUGGGAAGAAAUCUAAUGAGCAUAUUAAAAUGUUAAUUCUUAUUUACAACACAUUUCCCUAUGAUGAAGGGAAUCAUGUUAAAAUGUUACAAGUCUUAACUAUGAAGCAUCCAAAAUACUACAAAACUUAUCAAAUGUUAAGUGAAACUAUAAGGAUUUAA